AUGGUCUUAUUCUGUUUUCUGUGUUCUGACUCCGGUCCUCCUGACUUCACUGACGAAGAGUGGCUGGACAUGCUUAAUGGGAUACGACAGAGAGUUUACCGUAAACAGAAGAUGUACGGUAAAAAGAAUCCUGUAACAAGUGAGGAAGCACAGGAGAUUCUGGACAGACUGAAGUCACGUGAUUACCUUUGGGAAGAUCAGGACAAGAUAACGAAGGACACAAGGGAUGAGACAAUGUAUAGGAUAGCAUCAAUGUACCGUGAUAUACCAUUCAUUUACAGUAGUUAUAACACAGCCAGUGUGUACCUGAGAUCACAGGGAUACAACAGAAAACCUGAAGAGAAAUGUGUCAGGAGUGACAUUAGUUAUAACACAGCUAGGGUGUACCUGAGAUCACAGAGAUACAACAGAGAACCUGGAGAGAGGUGCGUCACUAGUCUUUUUUACCGUGAUGACUUACUGAUACUCCGUCUACAGAUGAACAUACUGACUCAUGUCACCAUGGAGGACAUGAGAAUAUAUGAGCUCUUAGUCCGGUUUUUAAACAUACCGUACAACGAAAUAAUAAGAACUCUAAGUGAACGGACGCAGUUAUUGAUAACCUUAAAAGAACAAGGAGAGGCUGUACAUUACAGAGGAAGAUCACAUGACAGUGUAGAUCACUUGACGUGGCUCUGGAGAGACCGGAGACCUGACAUCGUGAGAUCCUGUAUAGGUCUACAUCCACACAACGACAUUUACAUCAUCGACAACAAAGCUUACAGAAAACCAAGCGAACAUCAUAAAUAUUCUGAAGUUGACAGAAGUAUUCUUUACAGUUUACUCUUGUGUGACAAGUACACGAGUGCUGCAAAUGAGAUGGCGUUCAAGUCAAUAUUAAUAAAGGUACGAGAAAGGUAUUUUCAAAGGAUUUCUCCGUCUGAUGAUGUUGAUGUGACAUCCCUUCAAGAUGAUGUUAUGGAAACCCAGAAUGGUGAGGUAACGUUUAUAUCAGACGACAUCCGACAUGACGUCAUGUACGCCUUAGUUACGGAGUGUCUGGAGAAGGACAGCGAUCUGGAGUUUUUCCUGACCACGGCGUCACGUGACGUGAUAUCAGAAUACUGCCGGUCGUGGGCGUAUAAGAGGAGUGAGGGAGAGAGAUGUCUGUAUAUACCGGACAGACCGGAGAAGAUGUGUGACCUCUUCAUAAACAAACUACAGCUUGACAUCAUCACACACUGUACCGUGUCUGACUGGGAGAUUCAUGGCAGGAUCAGUAAACGUUGGAAAGUCCCAGGAGAAAUAUUGAGGUGGGACCAGAAAGCCAGAGAGCGGUACGUUCAGUACGCCGAGAGAGGAGGAGUACAGGAAGUCCAUCACGCCCGGGGGAUGAUUGUAGGGUGUGCUGGGGCUGGGAAAACGACGCUACUGAAUCGACUACUCAAGCGAAGUAAGAAGGAAAUAGAAAAGUUAAAAUCAACGAAAGGACUUGAGGUUCACGAGGAAAAAUUUGAAAUUCGUGAAAAGCGAGGAAGAUUAAUAAAAGGAAAAAAUGACUAA